GUGUAAGCAGCGCUGAUCUAUGAUCCAUUAGGGCCGCGUCUGGCUUGCAGACCGCCCUCUUUAUAAAGGAGCUAACAGUGGAGCCCGGGAUCACGAGUUAGAUCGUGCAGGAACUAGAGGGCAGUGCCCCUCCCCAGGACACCCACUCCGCGCGGGCAGCUUCGUCCGGACCCCCGGAUUGGGUGGGGUGGGGCAGCCGGACGGGGCGGGCCAGAGGCUGGCGUCCCCGCCUCCCCAGCAUUCGGCUCGCCGCGUCGCUCAGUCCUCCCCCUUCCUUUCCUUCUCGCACCCCUCCUUCCUUCCUUCCUUCCUUCCGCCGGGAGCGAUGGAGCCGGGGCGCCGGGCGGCCGCGGCGCUGCUGGCGCUGCUGUUCGCUGGCUGCGCGUUGCGCUCAGCGCGCGCCCAGUACGAGCGCUACAGCUUCCGCAGCUUCCCUCGGGACGAGCUGAUGCCGCUCGAGUCGGCCUACCGGCACGCGCUGGACCAGUACAGCGGCGAGCACUGGGCGGAGAGCGUGGGCUAUCUGGAGAUCAGCCUGCGGCUGCACCGCCUGCUACGCGACAGCGAGGCCUUCUGUCACCGCAACUGCAGCGCGGCGCCGCAGCCUGAGCCCGCCGCCGGCCUCGCGCGCCACCCGGAGCUGCGCCUCUUCGGGGGCCUGCUGCGCCGAGCGCACUGCCUCAAGCGCUGCAAGCAGGGCCUGCCGGCUUUCCGCCAGUCGCAGCCCAGCCGCGAAGUGCUGGCCGACUUCCAGCGCCGAGAACCCUACAAGUUCCUGCAGUUCGCCUACUUCAAGGCAAAUAAUCUUCCAAAAGCCAUUGCAGCUGCUCACACCUUUCUACUGAAGCAUCCUGAUGAUGAAAUGAUGAAGAGAAACAUGGCUUAUUACAAGAGCCUGCCCGAUGCUGAGGACUACAUUAAAGACUUGGAAACCAAGUCGUAUGAGAGCCUAUUCAUCCGAGCUGUGCGGGGAUACAACAGUGAGAACUGGAGGACAUGCAUCACGGACAUGGAGCUGGCCCUUCCUGACUUCUUCAAGGCCUUUUAUGAGUGUCUCGCUUCCUGUGAGGGCUCCCGGGAGAUCAAGGACUUCAAGGAUUUCUAUCUUUCCAUAGCAGAUCAUUAUGUGGAAGUUCUGGAAUGCAAAAUACAGUGUGAAGAGAACCUCACCCCAGUUAUAGGAGGAUAUCCAGUCGAGAAAUUUGUGGCUACCAUGUAUCAUUAUUUGCAGUUUGCUUAUUAUAAAUUGAACGACUUGAAGAACGCAGCCCCCUGUGCGGUCAGCUACCUGCUCUUUGACCAGGACGAUAAGGUCAUGCAGCAGAACCUGGUGUAUUAUCAGUACCACAGGGACAAGUGGGGGCUCUCGGAGGAGCAUUUCCAGCCCAGACCAGAAGCAGUUCAGUUCUUUAACGUGACGACACUCCAGAAAGAGCUUCAUGACUUUGCUAAGGAAAACAUAAUGGAUGAUGAUGAGGGAGAGGUUGUGGAGUAUGUGGAUGACCUCUUGGAGCUGGAGGAGACCAGCUAGCCCCCAGCAGCCAGAGAGACUUCCUCUCGAUGUUCAGGAAACACAGAUUCUUUGUCUUCCUUUUCCUAAUAGUACAAGUUGUUGAUACCUCAGAGCCUUCUCUUUACUCUGUGAAGUGAAAGGGAAGCCCCCAUCUCUCACUACAGCUAACCAGGGGUGAGCCUGCCUUCCACGUGUCCACACCUGCCCCCCCUCUUCACACCUGACCCCUCUCUUCAUACCUGACCCCCUUCACACCUGCCUCCCCUUCACACCUGUCUCCCCAUCUUCACACCUGCCUUCUCCAUUUUUAUACCUGCCUUCUCACCAUUUUGGUUAGAAGGACAGUUUUCCAUGGAUAGUAUUUUUCUUUUCCCAGAAAAAUCAGUAUUAUUUUUUAAAUAAGAAAAAUACUCCUAAAAGGUGGUAAUUAUAAAAA